AUGUCUUAUGACUAUUGUUUCUUCCACUUCUUUCGUAUAGUGUUACGCUUACCAACAUACGGUGCUUUUGGUGUUGGAGCAGUGUUGGCAUUAGUUUACAUGACAGAUUGGGAAACUGUGGGACGUCAUAUUCCAAUUUGGAAAUAUCACUUUGAUGACCCAGUUACAGUAAAAAAUGAUACUACUGAUGAAACGUCUUCCUCAACCUAA